GUCUGCAAUAAAAAAACAUUUGCUUAAAUGCAAUAAAUGUAUAAAUAAGAACUUUUACAAUAAUUACAGACUAGAGUAUGAGGUGAAUUGACAGUUAGAAGUUUUCACAUUGUAAAAUGGAAUGUUUUUUAUUAUGAAGUUUUAUUUCCUGACAUUAUGAUCAACUAAUUGAGGUAAAAUGGACUUGGUUCAGUGGCAGAAAGAAACAGCCCCUGAACUUUAGAAUGCAACUAGGCCACGCACACUAAUGCCAUGACAACUGCUGGUUGCAUGACAACCGACCAUGACCCCAUGGACAGAGCAGACCGCUGAGCUCAAGUUAUCAGUCCACAGGUGCCUACUAUUAAAUGCAUUGACUUUGGACAAACAAAAAGAUAAACCUCUACUGGGAAAAGGGCGGAAAUGAUGCAAAACUGUGAAACCACGGCAAGAAUUCCACAGUAUGGACAGAGAAUGAUUUUCACAGGCCCAGGUGGAAUUGGAGACUACAGGCCCAGAUCAGGUUAUUUCCCCCAGUACAUUGGCGUGGGCACAGCAUCACCUGACGCCACAGGGGACCUGAGUUAUUUGUGGCGAGCUUCACCUCAAGCUCCGCCCCCUUUACCCAGGCAGAGCUACGUAGGGGAGAUUGGCUGGGGCUGGCAGUACAGUCAGCAUUUAAACAGCGGGACGCUUGACAGUAAUGUGCAAAUCAAGAAGACGGAGUUUCGGACAACGCUGGAGGACAGAGUGACUCAGAGGUUUCAGGACUGAAAACACAACCCUCCCUUUUAGUGUUUUUGUGUUAAAAGUUAAAAGUUUCCAUUAUUCGUAAUCACAUUUCAUUUGUGUGUGUGGUCUAGGUAACACUAGGAUAUUUUAAGGAAGAGUAAGAUUUAGAAUUAGAGUUAAAAUUAAAAUUAGCGCAAAUGUGGGUAAGGAUUAAAAUUGGGCAUAUAUUUGUAAUGGUUAAGAUUAGUGUAUGGGGUUAGGAAAUGCAUUGUCUAUGUGGAGUACUCACAACUCAUGAAAUCCUGACUGGGAGUGUGUGUGUGUGUGUCUGAAUAUGGCUGAUUUCCUGUCUAUAGCUCGGGGCUGUUUCCUUCUGCAAACAUGUUGCAUUAUGAAUGGACAGGUUGCUAACCACAAUGCUGUCACUCAGCUGUCUCUAAGCGUGUCUCACACACGCACAGUCACACACAAUGUUGUGCGUCUGAUUGUGUAUUGUGUCAAUGUUCUCAUGCUACAGUAUAAAAAGUGCAUUCACCAGUGUAUAUACAGUAUUACUAUUGUACAGUAGCUGCUGUAAAACAUCUUAAACACCUGUCAAUGUUUACCUUAAUUUACAAAGUGUGUCUUAAAAUCUUCAGUUGACCCUGACUAAAUAACAAAGCAGCCAGUGUUAAAGAUUUAUUUAACUAUGAAUGUUAAACCAAAGCCUCAGAUGGUAUAAAUACUCUGUGCUUCCUGGUCAUCCUUGUAUUGAGUUUUUCAUAAUGCAAGGAUCAUCUUUUUUUUUUUGCUAUAUGCAAUAUAUACAAUUUGGGACAUUUCAAAAUGCCUAAUUAAUUUUCUAACAUUAUAGUAUAAGUCAGGGAUUCCCUAAGUGUGGUGCGGGCAGCCCUGGGGUUCACUAGCUGCCACAAGGGGGUGUGCAAGAUAAAACAAUAUGAUGUAGCUUGGAGUGUUCGUUUAAGUGGGAUUUUUCCACACAAUAAAGAUGUGUAAAUAAACAUUUCCACUGUAAAAUUUGAACUCAAAAGUGGACAUUUGAAUUAAUUAAUAAAUACAAGCCAUAUAUAUAUGUGUGUGUGUGUUCUGGCCCUUUGAGCAUGAUUUAACAUGGCCUCUAUAAUCCGGUUAGGAUAUAGAAGGAGGUACGCGAUCAAAACAGUUUGUGAACUGCUGGUAUAAGUCAUGUUUUAGACCUUUAUGUUUGUAUCUCAACCUAAGUAUGGUGCAGAACAUGUGUAUGGAUGUGCAGACAAUGGUAAGAAGCAGGUAAAGCAGAUGUGCAAAAUGUCCAGGCUGAAAAUAAAUAAGCAGCAAAAGAUCAACGAAUGUGUU